AUGAUCAACCGAUUUACUGGACUCGACGAUGCUCUCUAUCCUCACGACGAUGGUAUAGUCGGCAACAGCAACAAAGAUGAUAUGGCAGCAAUUAAUGACUCUUUGGGCACAAUUGGUGAAUUCUUCAACAAAACAAGCCAAGCUCUCGUUGACGACAGUUUUGCUAUCAACACCUCUACAUUAGAAAAGUUCAAGAAUUACUUGGACUAUCUUUAUUCGCUACAGGAGUUAUUCGAGCGAAGCAAAAAGCUCCUGACAAAUACUAUUGCACAACUCGAAGCUCGUAUAACCGAGAACGAGGCCAAGUACGCUCGGUUAAGUACAGACGACGCUGAUAUAAAAGGCAGUGAUCUUGCCAAGCUUCGACAAGCCAUCAUUGCUGACAAGCAGGAAAUGUUCCAACAGCUCAACCGAGACUGGCUCAUCAAAAGCUGCUGCAUGGAUGAAUACAUAAUGUUUCAAGAAACCCAGUAUCUUGUUAGCGAAGCGUGGGUCGAUUGGUGCCGAGGCAGAACCCAACACCAAGCCAAAAUGGGGCUGCUUUACGACCAAAUGAGCGGAAUAAUAGGAGACAUGCCACUCAAUUCUUAG